ACCGCACUCUGCGGUCAACGGCUGGCGAACAUGUAUUACGGCUUCGGUUACUGUAUUGGCGUUUGCAGUGAUGGCCGGUGUUAUGGUUGGGGCGAUAAUAGUUACGGCCAAUUAGGCGACGGCCAGACUUACGGCCACUCAAACGCUCCGAAACUCAUACCGAUUGCCGGCCGAGUGGUGGACGUGUCGUGCGGUAACAGUUUCACUAUAGCGUUGACCAGUGAUGGCCGCGUGUAUGGCUUUGGCCGCAAUUGUUUGGGUCAAUUGGGCGCCGGAACGCUGGCCUUUCGCUUAUGUCCGCAUCGCGUGUCCAUCGCUGAGCGGGUGGUGUCGGUCGCCAGCGGUCGCAACCAUACGGUGGUAGUGACGGACACCGGCCGGGCCUACGCGUGGGGACUGAAUAUAUGCGGCCAAUUGGGUCAUCACAGGGACGAAGACAUGACGGCUGGCCUACAGAUGCCGGCGUGCGUUACGCCCGAACCGGUGAAGGGUUUCCCACAUCGGGUCCAGAAGGCGCAGUGCAGUCCCGACCACACACUCUUACUGACCACCGAUGGCCACGUUUACGCGUUCGGUGACAAUCAAUACGGACAGAUCGGCAACGGCUCGAACGAAACCCAGUGGACACCCGUUCGCGUCGCCGCUGGGAUCCGCUUUAAAGACAUUUAUGCCAAGAAUUGUCAGUCUCUGUGUAUCGCUGUGUCUGUAGACGACCGGUACUACGUGUGGGGCGGCUCUAAGUUACGCAAACCGCAGCCACAGCCGGAACCGAUGGCCACCCAUACGGUGUACGAUAUAUACGCCUUUUAUACAACACUUGAGAUGACGCCGGAGACCAUUAUCAUCGGCGACAACACAUCCCACGAGAAUAUUGAGAAUAAUUUGGGAAACUUGUCGUCACGUCUUGACAUCAAAGCCAUUGAUGGUAUCGAUUAUGGCGGAGGAGGCGAUGGUUUCCACGAAUUGAAACCCAAAAAUAAUGGUUUUAAUAGUGGAUCAGAUGUGAUGGCAAUGAGCGAAGAGUUGAUUCCUAUGCAUCUCUUUGCGAAACACUUGUCGGACAUGUUUGACAACGAAUGCGAUUACGAUUUGGUGUUUGUAUUCAACGAUAAACGCAUUUAUUGUCACAAAUCUGUGAUUAAAAUACGAAACAAACAGUUUUGGCAAAAAUGUCAGCAAAUGUUGAAUAAAAUUAUUAACAAUUCAGUCGAUAAUGAGAUUCACGUUAAGAGCUAUUCUUAUGACUCUUUCUAUCCAUUCCUUCAGUUCUUGUAUGCAAUCAAACCGAAGAUCACUCCCAGAAUCGCUCGCGAAGUCUCAAAGUUGGCCACACUUUAUGGCGAAUCAGUUCUUCAUGAGUGGUGCGCACAGACAUUGAGAUCAAGUGAUGAGACAAUUGAUUUGUCAAACGUUUGCAGUCUGUAUGAGAUGUCUAUCACCGAUGGAUCCGUUGAGUUGGAGAAGAGAUGCGUUGAAUUCGUGACAAACAAUUUGAUCCCAAUUUGUAAAUCGGAUUCAUUUCACGCAUUGCCUCAACUCGUGUCCAAACGACUCAUGCAAUCAGUUUUGUAUGUUUUGCGAAAGUUUCCCGAUUUGUGUCCACAACCGGUGGACAACAAACGCGACCGCAAACUAAGGAUCAAAUUAUUAGAUGUUUUUGGAGAUAACGGCGAAGAAGUGAUUGUUGUGACCGCCGAUGAACGGGUCUACGGCUUCGGUGCCAACCGUUUCGGACGACUCGGUCUCGGAGUGAAUGGUUUGAUCGCAAGACCGCAACUGAACGCCACUCUCACCGGAAAGAAGAUAAUGAAGAUAUGCUAUGGUUUGGGACACUGUUUGGGACUCACGAGUGACAGACAGUGCUAUGGAUGGGGACAUAACGCGAGCGGACAGCUCGGCGUCGGGUCUGUGGCCGACACACCGACCCCUCAACUAAUCGAAGUACUUAGUCGUCGAUCUAAUUCUAAGGAAGUGAUGGCCAUCUCAUGCGGUGAUAAUCACUCGCUGGCGCUGACCAGAGAUGGAAUUGUGUAUAGCUUUGGGGCCAACGAUCGGCGCCAAUGCGGUCACGAAAGCGGUGACAUUGUUUGGACGCCAACUCAAGUGACCAUAGCCUCCAAUUUGCCGCCACAUAAACCGGUCAAGUGUUUGGCCAUCUCUUGCGGGCGUAACCAUUCAUCGGCUCUGACCGUUACGGGAGAGGUGUUUGUCUGGGGUAGCAAUGAGUCCAAACAGUUGGGUCCGCGGGUGAUCUCAGUGGACAGUCAGUCAUACUGUUGUCCGCAGUCCAUAAAGUACUACAAUCGCCGCCAAUGCCUACGUAUGGUACGCGUGAUCUGCGGUCUGAAUCAUACGGUACUCAUGUCGUCCACAGGUCUCGUCCUUGUAUUUGGUUUAAAGCACUGGAAAGCUGUUCCCAAAAGUGGCCACACAUUAAAAACUAUCCAAUUGGACCGUCAAACUCAAUUCAAACGCAUUGACACCACUUAUAGUAAUCGUAUGGUAAUCGCGACGGCAAUGGAUGGGAAGCACUUCAUUGUGGGAACAGAUAAUGGUUUGCAUAUCUUUACACCCAUUGAUAUAUCGAUGGGUUGUUCGCUGUUUGAUGUUUACGCCAAUUAUUGCGGUUUUAAUAAAACUUUUUCGUCGAUUAAGAAGAUGUUGGAAGACAUGAUAUCGCCGAUGAAUACGAACACUACUAUCACUACCGGAUCCGUUGCUUCUGAUUCUUAUAAUGAUUUUAAGAGCGGUUUUAAUGGUGAAAACUUUGCCGACGAAGAGAUCUAUGUAUCGAAACCCGAAGAAUAUGAAUACGAAGAACCCGAAGGCAAAGAAGUUAUUCAAUUAAAAAGCAGAUCACAGAUGGCUUUGGAUUUAUCACAAUUUGAUCCAUUAGAGUCAAUACCACCGAUGGAUACGCCAUCGAAUAUCCAACGGCCACGGAAUCGGCGCCGCCAUCGCCGUCGGCCGCAUCGGUUGCUUCGCCACAGAAUCACUAUCGCCACCGAAUCCGUUGCUUCUGAUUCUUAUAAUGAUUUUAAAAACGGUUUUAAUGAUGAAAACUUUGCCGACGAAGAGAUCUAUGUAUCGGAACCCGAAGAAUAUCAAUACGAAGAAGACAUUCAAUUAGAAAACGAAUCACAGAUUGCAUUGGAUUUGUCGCAAUUUGAUCCACUCGUUAACAAAGUGUGCCAUAAAUCUGAUUCGUCUAAAUUUGACGGCCAAUCAGUUGUCUCGAUAUCGGAUCCAAUUGAUCCCGAAACAUCUGUUAAUACUUUGAAAUCGAAUUUAUGUUUGGAUUAUAAAGACUCUGAAUGUGGAGAUAAUGCGGGAAUCGCUGACCAGAAGUACCAAAACACCGAUAGUAUGGAUCCAAUGAUGGCAAACAAAGAGUUUUGGAGAAUAUGUGAACAAAAUAUGAUUAAUGAAAAUGAGAUUAAUAUUAACGCCUAUUCUUAUGACACUUUUCACUCGUUUCUCAUGUGUUUAUACGGAAUGAGACCCGAAGUGAAUGACCAGAACUGUCGACAACUGUUUCGUUUGGCCGAAGACUACGGCGAAGAAGAGAUCAAAGAAUUGUGUUUUCAAUACCUCAUGAAUUCUGCCUAA